UCUCCGGCAGUGAGGAUAAAGGGGAUGCUUUUGUGCUUCCCCAAGCUUUGCCAGUGAAGGGCUGAGCGUGCUUUGCAGAGGGGACCUGUCUCUGCGCAGAGCCCCAACGUGGAUGGGAGUUCUCCGAGAGGGAAGUUGAGUCUUCGCUAGGUCCCACCUGGAGAACACAACCUGUGGGCCAGGAUGCAUCGAAUGAUGAAAGAAGAAUCAAGUUUCAGGACAAGCAGCCUGGAAAAUGUGACGCGGGACCCGAGCAAAGAAAAACUGCACAUGAAGCUCUGCAGUGGGUCCUGCCAUGCUGAGCAAAUCCUCCAGACACUAAACUCCUACCGGCAGAGUGGCAUCUUCACAGACGUGGUGCUAUUAAUUGAUGGACAAGAAUUCCCAUGUCACCGUGCCACUUUGUCAGCCAACAGCACGUAUUUCCGGGCCAUGUUUGGUGGCGAUCUCAAGGAAGGCCACCAGAAUAUCAUUAAUAUCCAGAAGAUUUCCGCUUCCACCAUGUCUCUCCUUCUUGACUACAUGUAUGGGGGGAACAUUAUCAUUCAGGAGGACAAUGUUGAAGGCAUCUUGGAACUGUCUGAUUUGCUGCAGAUCUCCAAGCUCAGAGAUGCUUGUGUCACCUUCCUUGAAGGCCAACUUCACCCAUGCAAUUGUUUGGGUAUCAUGAAGUUUGCUGAUUCAUUCUCCAUCGCAUCCCUGACAGAAAAGAGCAAGAGGUUCAUGCUGGAGUGUUUUGUGGAGGUGUCGUGUCAUGAAGAGUUCCUGGAGAUGGGUGUGAAGGAGCUGGUUGAAUAUCUGUCCGAUGAGCAGCUGGUGGUCCCCAAGGAGGAAGUGGUCUUCGAAGCCGUCAUGCGCUGGGUACGGCAUGACAUACCUGCCAGGAAGGGAGCCUUGAAGGACCUCCUUGAGCAUGUACGUCUGCCCUUGCUCGACCCCACCUACUUCCUGGAGAAGGUGGAAAUGGAUGAACUCAUCCAGGACUCCAAGGAGUGCAUUCCUCUACUGCACGAGGCCCGCAAGUACUACAUCCUCGGGAACGAGGUCAGCUCUUUGCGAUCGAGGCCCAGAAGGUUCAUGGAGCUGGCAGAAGUCAUAAUCAUCAUUGGAGGCUGUGAUAAGAAAGGCCUUCUGAAGCUGCCCUUCACAGACCUCUACCACCCAAAGAGCAGGCAGUGGACAGCCCUUUCCAGCGUGCCUGGCUACACCAAGUCAGAGUUUGCUGCCUGCACACUGAAGAACGAUGUGUACAUAUCAGGAGGACACAUCAGCAGUAACGAUGUUUGGGUGCUGAGCUCCCAGCUGAACGUCUGGAUCAAGGUUGCUUGUCUGCAGAAGGGUCGAUGGAGGCACAAAAUGGCAACACUUCAGGGCAAGAUCUACGCUGUGGGAGGCUUUGAUGGUUUUUACCGCCUCUCCAGCGUGGAGUGCUAUGACACCUUCUCCAACAGCUGGUCAACCUUGGCUCCGCUGCCUCAAGCUGUGAGCUCGGCGGCUGUGGUCUCCUGUCUGAACAAGCUCUACGUGCUGGGCGGUGCUGUGGAUGACACUGCUAACACCGACAAGGUCCAGUGUUACGAUCCAGAGAACAACAAGUGGACGCUCUUGUCUCCCACUCCUUUUUACCAGAGGUGCAUCAGUGCCGUCUGCUUGGACAACAUCAUUUAUGUUGUAGGUGGACUCCUCAGUAAAAUCUUCAGCUAUGAUCCAAGGAAAGACAGCUGGCGAGAAGUGGCCACCCUCCCUGGGCCGCUGGAGAGCUGUGGCCUGACAGUGUGCGGAGGGAAGAUUUACAUCCUGGGUGGCCGAGAUGAGAAUGGGGAAGGCACGGACAAAGCGUUCACUUUCGACCCGGUAACGGGGAGCGUGGAGCAGCAGCCGCCGCUGCAGCGCUGUACCAGUUAUCACGGCUGCGUGACCAUCCUGCAACGCAUGAACAGAUGACCACGGGGCUCCAACUGCAUCCACCUCCCACCCAGGGCUUCCUCUUGAGACAGUGACCACCCAGCAUGUGGACAGACGUCUCGCUUUUGUGCAGGGUAGGGCGAUACGAGCCACUGAAGAUGAUGUGCUCCAGCCAGCGCCUGAGCAGCCUCUGUUUUGUUUUUCCUGGCCUCAUGAUGCCAGUGGCUUUGAUGCUGAUCUAGGUCAGAGGAUGAAAGGGUGCUGGGCUGUGUGAAGCUGCAUCGCAGACCUUGCCGCAGUAAGAUUCAAGUAUCCCCGCAGCCCCUGGAACUAUUGAAUUCGACCUUUACUUAGGUUUUUCUGGCUAUAGAUAUAGUUUUCUGUUAUGUUGGCAACAGGAGCUCACUGUCCUGCAAGGACACGUAUUUGCUCCUUUCUGAUGCCCAAGACUAUUGCAGUAACAAUUGCAGUUACAGGAUCCAAUUCUUUAGCUAAAGGUAUCAGAUAUUUGUGUAUUUUGCUCUGUAGAACCCUGUAUCAAACCACAGUGGUGACCUAAAUGGCCAUGAAUGUCCAUGAACUAGUGCCAUUACAGUGGAGAGCUGAGAUUGAGACUUCAAAGCUGAUAUCCCAAGAAAAUUUCUCCAGGAAAUCCCCAAAAGCCUGCUUAAAUAGUCCAAGCUCUGCCUCCUUUCUGCAUAUGCUGUAUGAGAGUCUAUUUCCCUAAAGUACAGAGUGCUGUCUCUUUUCACACAUGUUCUGUGGUUGGACUGCUGUCUCACUGUGUCUUUGUGAACACUGUGACAACGAUUAAUGCAGCCAAGAGUUCCUUCUUUGGAAAGUGGUGGUAGGGGAAUAUUAAUGUGUAGGAAUUAAGCAUGAAGACCUGAAGCAUGGUAGCCACAGAAUCACAUCUGGCUCUGGAGUAUGCUAGCAAGUAUUAAAAUAAACUCAAUAUUUAACAGAUUUGAUACAGAGUCCCUGGGAGCCUGAAUGUGGAGCUCAUUUCAAGGGCAAGCGUUCGAUGACGCAGACUGCCUUGCUCCAAGCCGGUUGGUCUCAGGUCUAGAAACGAUUCUGAGCACAUUCAAUUUGGUAGAGUAGCCAUAGCUUUUGAUGUUGGUGUCUUUAGUCCAUGACUGGAACUGGUAAUUUCUGAUGGGUCCAAGUAAAUGUUCUUGUUGUUCGAUUAGGGACUUAGCUGCUGCCAAAUGUAGAGUGGGGUCUCUUAAAAACUCCCCGUACUUGUACAUUGCAGGGUGCACCCCUCUACAGCAGGCUGCUGGCUGGCUGCUGUUUUCUCUGCGUCUUCCUUUCCUCACCCCAGUGGUGACUUCUUUCUGAAGCAGAGGAAACAGCUAUGUCCACUGGCCCCUUUUCAGGGCAUUUUAAUCAUCUUAAACCUCCUGGUUUUGCCUGUUUCCCCCAUAUUGCUGUUUUUGUUCUGGCCCUCUUUAGUACUCCUGUUUUCUAUCAACUCUGAGAAGGUCACCUCUUCUUCAUGAUGAUAUCAGAUUUGCCUGUAAAACAUGGCAAGAAGAAGUCCCUGCGGAAGAACCAAAAUUGGCUGUAACUGGGGCGGGGGGAUGAUUUCCUCUUCUCAUUAGGAAAUGUGUGCUCUUGCAUUGCCCAAGCGAUGAGCAAGGUGUUUCAUUGCAUGAAAUGUACCUUACGCUCCUCAUAGUCAUGUCUGGAAAGUCUCAUAUCACAGACAUCUUGUUCAUUAAGGUGCACUAUUUGGACAUUCUUAGCCUCAAAUUCUCCUCAUGGCUUGUGCAUGCGGGUUAGCCCUUUUAUCAGAUCAUGAGCAGCACAAUGUGUCCUUUAAGCAAUAUAAAGGAGAUUCAAUGCUGGUAUAGGUUAUUCCCAUGAGGAGAGAAAAAGGAAAAUCAUGCUAGGAAAAGGCAAUUUUAUUUGCAAUAAAAUUGCAUCCACAGUUGGGUCUUUAAUGAGAAUGCAGAUUUCAGGAGAAACUGGCACCUUUCCUUCGGUUAGUUAAAUUGGCACAAAAGAAAGCGUGAACACAUCAAGCCAUGCUGUGAUAGCCUUCAGGGUCAGCGAGACCCUUACCCUCUUAGAGUCUGAUUUCCUGAGGACCACAAAUCACAGUCCACCUCUCUUACCGUUCCCCUGUGCAUUAAGCAAUUCACCGCUUUGGUAUGGGCACCCUUCAAAGUGUUUGGCUUGGGACCCAGCAGCUCCACCUCGUCCCAUGAUUCAUAUGGCCAAGGGGGUUCUUAAUUCUCCACAGACUGUCCCGUUAGCAUGUCCCUCCUCUUGCUCUGCACUUUGGAAAACGCUGCUGGUGUUUCAAGAGAAUAAGCGCACCCAAAGCUUGCAAGGGCAUGUGUUGAGCAAAGUCUGCUCAGCUGAGGAUGGUGAACAUCACGAGGAAUCGGGUCUUGUAAAAGCAUGGUCCUCGUGUCAAAUUCCUGCCUUGCCUAAGAUAUAUAGUAUAGGGCUGUGAACACAGAUGUAUCCUGCUUGCCUGCUGGCAGGUCUUCGUGCUCUUGUUCUUGAAAAGAACAUAGUAAUAUAUUUGGACAUAGAAAUAGCCUUGAUAGGAAAAAGAAAGAGUUUUGCAGUUGCACUUAAAACUUCUCGUUCCAGAUUUUCCUAAUGCCUCCUGGAAGUCUCUUGCCGUACUUCACACCUUAUUCCUGUAGAGGUAAGCACACUCAAAAGGGUAGAAGGCAUUCUUGUCAGCUUUCCCAUGUGCUUUUGACAUGUGUGAUGUGUUGCAAUAGGUGUAACAUGCUGGUGGAAGUUGUGGCAUAGAUACAAAAACAUUUGCCUCGUUCUUGGUCCUGAUAUUCGUUGUACCACUGAAAUGUGUUUGUAUUUUGUAAGGGCUGUGCGCAUGCAGGGGAGGGUUAGGGAAGGAAUUUAACUUGGUUUUAUUUAGAAAUAAAUAUCUACCUUGACUCCUAAGUGCUUUUGCUGCAGGAAUUUCAUUUGCGCAUAUUACUUCAUGGCAUUCCAAAAAUAUAUUGUUGAUGGAGCAUCAGAGGAGCUUUGGGAGUGCCAUCCUUCAGGUGUCCUAGCCUUUGUCUGGAAUACCUGAAUUCUCAGUCUAAGCAAGUAGGAAGUUCAAGGUAUUGCUCUUUUGUCUGCAGGGAAUGGUAUUUUUAACUCUUAGGUGGAGUCACGGCCAAGUCAGUGUGGAGAAGGUGCUUGGGUCAUUCAAACUCAGCUGAAGGAUGGGGAAAAUUUUACUCGUAUUUUGGAAUGGAGGAAAGAGUAUUUCUAGGAAAAAAGAAAAAUUAUUUGUCUUGGCUGAUUCUUGCUCUUCCUUGGUGCGGCAGAAGAACACAAAGCAUGAAACUGCCACUACAAUCUGCUUCAGUUUCUGAGAAGACUUUUCUCAGACCACAUGUAAAGCACCUCCUUGCUGUGUUUGCAGCAAUGCACAGACUUGCUGUGGGAGCUCUGUAUAGCAAAAGAUGUAGAAGAAAGUAGUGAUCAUCUGCAAAGCAUGUGCAGUAGUAUCAGCUUUAUGUAUUUAAGCUUUUAAAAACAAAAUAAAUGACUUCUUUUUUUUUCUUUUUU